AUGCUGUUCAUGCGCAAGGAGUGGCGGAAAGCCGCCAUUGUCGGCCUAGGCGGUGUCGGCAAGACCCAGGUCGCCCUACAGUUGGCAUACUGGACAAAGAAACACCGGCCCGAGUUCUCCAUCUUCUGGGUACCGGCAUUAAGCAGCGCGACCUUUGAACAGGCCUUUGCCGCGAUGGCUAGGAAACUCCCUAUCCAAAGCGGCGGCGAUGACGAUGAUCUUAAACAGUCCGUGCGGCGGUACCUGAGCUCCGAGGCGGCCGGGCCAUGGCUUCUCGUGGUGGACAACGUGGAUGAUAGCGAUAUUUUCUUUGGCUCUGCAGGUAUGCCGGGCAGCAUUAGCGAGUACCUUCCUGAAAGCGACGAUGGCCUCACCCUGUUCACAACACGGUCUCGAGAAGUAGCUGUGUCGGUUGCUGGGAGCGAUGUAAUUCGACCUGCGGCAGCAGAGCUGCUAAAGGAGCUUACCUACCUUCCCCUAGCGAUUACACAAGCGGCGGCCUAUAUUAAUAUAAAACAGGUACCCCUUGCCGAGUAUGUCGAGUUGCUGCACGGCACUCAGCAGGACAUCAUCGGCCUGAUGAGCAAAGAGUUUCGGGACAAAACUCGGUACCCAGGGUCGCAAAAUGCGGUGGCGACAACGUGGCUCGUAUCGUUCGGCCAGAUCCGCAAGUCCGACAACGCUGCCGCCGAUCUGCUAUCGUUUAUCUCGUGCAUCGAGCCCAAAGGAAUACCUCAGUCGCUGUUCCCCAGCUCCGAGUCGACUGAGCAGCUGGUCGAUGCAAUCGGGACGUUAUGCGCGUACGCCUUUCUAACCAGGCGGGGGGACAGCAAGGUAUUCGACAUGCACAGUCUAGUACAUUUGGCAACGCGAAUCUGGGCUCAGCGAGAAGGCCUGACGGCAACGACGGAGGAAAAGGCGACUCGACAUCUUGCAACAGUUUUCCCAUCUGACGACUACGCAAAUCGCAAUGUAUGGAGAGAGUACCUUCCGCAUGGUCUCAGGGUAUUGCAGCACAGCAAAGAGCUUGAUAUUAAGGAGAGGUCCGAUCUGUUGUUCUGGAUUGGACGGUGCUUGAGAGCGGAUGGACGGAUCAAGGAAUCUGCUAAGAGUUUGGAAGAGGCUUGCCAAUGGAGGAUUCGUCAUUUCGCCAAAGACCACCCCUCCCGGCUCGCGUCGCAGCACACACUAGCAAUAGCCUACCAAGCUAACGGCCAAGUCCAAGAGGCCAUAGAGCUACUCGAGCAGGUCGUCGCUAUUCAAGCCAAAACCCUCACUCAAGAGCACCCCGACCGGCUCGCGUCACAGCACGAACUCGCAAGAGCCUACCAAGCUAACGGCCAAGUCCAAGAGGCCGUAGAGCUACUCGAGCAGGUCGUCGCCAUUAAAGCCAAAACCCUCACCCAAGAGCACCCCUCCCGGCUCGCGUCACAGCACGAACUCGCAAGAGCCUACCAAGCCAACGGCCAAGUCCAAGAGGCCGUAGAGCUACUCGAGCAGGUCGUCGCCAUUAAAGCCAAAACCCUCACUCAAGAGCACCCCGACCGGCUCGCGUCACAGCACGAACUCGCAAGAGCCUACCAAGCCAACGGCCAAGUCCAAGAGGCCGUAGAGCUACUCGAGCAGGUCGUCGCCAUUAAAGCCAAAACCCUCACUCAAGAGCACCCCUCCCGGCUCGCGUCCCAGCACGCACUAGCAAUAGCCUACCAAGCCAACGGCCAAGUC